GGGAAGGGAUUCACUCAGUCAUCCAACCUGCAGAUACACCAGCGAGUUCACACUGAUAAGAGGCCGUUUAAAUGCCCGGACUGUGGGAAGUGUUUUAAAAGUUCUGGUGCACUGAUGACCCAUCAGCGUCUUCACACUGAUGAGAGACCGUUCAGGUGCUCUCACUGUGGGACUGGGUUUAGGCGAUCAUCUCAUCUCACUGGACACCAGCGAAUUCACACUGAGGAGAGGCCAUUUACCUGCUCUGAAUGUGGGAAGGGCUUCACUACCUCAUCCAACCUGCUGAUACACCAGCGAGUUCACACUGACAAGAGACCUUUCAAAUGCCCAGACUGCGUGAAGUGCUAUAAAAGUUCUGGGGAACUGAUGUCACAUCAACGAGUUCACACUGACGAGAGACCAUUCAAGUGCUCUCACUGUGGGACUGGGUUCAGGUGGUCAUCUCACCUCACUGAACACCUGCGAAUUCACACUGGGGAGAGACCGUUCACCUGCUCCGACUGUGGGAAGGGAUUCACUCAGUCAUCCCACCUGCUGUCACACCAGCGACUUCACACUGGGGAGAGGCCAUUCACCUGUUCUGUGUGUGGGAAGGGAUUCACUCAGUCAUCCCACCUGCUGACACACCAGCGACUUCACACUGGGGAGAGUUUGUUCACCUGCUCCGAGUGUGGGAAGGGAUUCACUCAGUCAUCCCACCUGCUGAGACACCAGCGGGUUCACACUGGGGAGAGGCCAUUCACCUGCUCCAGGUGUGAGAAGGGAUUCACUCAGUUACCCCAUCUGCUGAGACACCAGCGAGUUCACAAUGGGGAGAAACUGUGGAAAUGUGGGGACUGUGGGAAGGGAUUCAGAUCCCCGUCUGAUCUGGAAACUCAUCGACGCUGUCACACCGGGGAGAGACCGUUCACCUGCUCCCAGUGUGGGAAGGGAUUCACUCAGUCAUCCAACCUGCAGAUACACCAGCGAGUUCACACUGAUAAGAGGCCGUUUAAAUGCCCGGACUGUGGGAAGUGUUUCAAAAGUUCUGGUGCACUGAUGACCCAUCAGCGUGUGCACACUGAUGAGAGACCGUUCAGGUGCUCUCACUGUGGGACUGGGUUUAGGCGAUCAUCUCAUCUCACUGGACACCAGCGAAUUCACACUGAGGAGAGGCCAUUCACCUGCUCCGAAUGUGGGAAGGGGUUCACUACCUCAUCCAACCUGCUGAUACACCAGCGAGUUCACACUGACAAGAGACCUUUCAAAUGCCCAGACUGCGGGAAAUGCUAUAAAAGUUCUGGGGAACUGAUGUCCCAUCAACGUGUUCACACUGACGAGAGACCGUUCAAGUGCUCUCACUGUGGGACUGGGUUCAGGUGGUCAUCUCAACUCACUGCACACCAGCGAAUUCACACUGGGGAGAGACCGUUCACCUGCUCCGAGUGUGGGAAGGGAUUCACUCAGUCAUCCCACCUGCAGUCACACCAGCGACUUCAUACUGGGGAGAGGCUGUUCACCUGCUCCGAAUGUGGGAAGGGAUUCACUCAGUCAUCCCACCUGCUGAGACACCAGCGGGUUCACACUGGAGAGAGGCCGUUCACCUGCUCCGAGUGUGGGAAGGGAUUCACUCAGUCAUCCCACCUGCUGUCACACCAGCGACUUCACAGUGGCGAGAGGCUGUUCACCUGUUCUGGGUGUGGGAAGGGAUUCACUCAGUCAUCCUACCUGCUGAGACACCAGCGACUUCACACUGGGGAGAGUUCAUUCACCUGCUCCGAGUGUGGGAAGGGAUUCACUCAGUCAUCCCACCUGCUGACACACCAGCGGAUUCACACUGGAGAGAGGCCAUUCACCUGCUCCAGGUGUGAGAAGGGAUUCACUCAGUUAUCCCAUCUGCUGAGACACCAGCGAGUUCACAAGUAACUACUGUGAUUGGAUGUCGUUGUGAAAUCACAUCCAGGACUGAACCAUGUUCAUUGAGGUCUCUUUCUGCUGAUGUUAAUAAACUCCAGGUCAGUUUUAGG